AUGGACCUGAAGCUGCUCUUGGUAUCCAUAUUGUUUGGAGUCUUUUGUUUCAGUAAUGCUCAGAAAGAGGGGAACGAGUGCAUCAAUGCCAACGCCAAAUACUGCGGGGAGUGCAUCCAGGCUGGAGCCAAAUGUGGCUGGUGUAAAGACCCGGAGUUCCUGAAACAGGGUGAGACCGUGUCGACGCGCUGUGACGAGCUGCAAUCUCUGAUAAAAAGGGGCUGUGAUGAUGAUAUGAUCGAGAACCCUCGCGGGGAUCAGAAGAUCCUGAAGAACAUAGCGGUGACAAACCGCGGCAGGGGAGAAGGGAAACAAAAGUCAGAAGCCAGACUGAAACUGAAGCCAGAGGAGAUCACUCAAAUCCAGCCUCAGAAACUCAACCUGACCCUCCGAUCUGGUGAGCCCCAGUCCUUUGACUUGAAGUUCAAACGAGCGGAGGAUUAUCCCAUCGACCUGUACUACUUGAUGGACCUGUCCUACUCCAUGAAGGACGAUCUGGAGAACGUCAAGAACCUGGGAACCAGUCUAAUGCUGGAGAUGUCCAAGAUCACCUCGGACUUCAGGAUAGGUUUCGGUUCCUUUGUGGAGAAGACGGUCAUGCCGUACAUCAGCACCACCCCGGCCAAGCUGCUGAACCCAUGCACAGGAGACCAGAACUGCACCAGCCCGUUCAGCUACAAGAACGUCUUGAAGCUCACCAGCGACGGCAAGAAGUUCAACACCCUGGUGGGCAAGCAGCACAUCUCUGGAAACCUGGACUCUCCCGAGGGGGGGUUCGAUGCCAUCAUGCAGGUUGCUGUGUGUGGGGACCACAUUGGGUGGAGGAAUGUGACUCGUCUGCUGGUGUUCUCCACCGACGCUGGCUUCCACUUUGCCGGCGAUGGAAAACUGGGUGGCAUCGUUCUGCCCAACGAUGGAAAAUGUCACUUGGAGAAUAAUAUUUAUACCAUGAGCCACUACUAUGACUAUCCCUCCAUUGCUCACCUGGUUCAGAAGCUGAGCGACAACAACAUUCAGACCAUCUUCGCAGUCACAGAAGAGUUCCAGCCUGUUUACAAAGAGCUGAAAAAUCUGAUUCCAAAAUCUGCAGUAGGGACUUUAUCUGCCAACUCCAGCAAUGUCAUCAACCUUAUUAUAGACGCCUACAAUUCGCUCUCCUCAGAGGUCAUUCUGGAGAACAGCAAGCUUCCAGAGGGAGUGACCAUAGCUUACACAUCGCACUGUAAGAACGGAGUGGUUAGUGAGGGGGAAAGUGGACGGAAGUGCUCCAACAUCUCCAUCGGAGAUCAGGUCAUGUUUAGCAUCACUGUGACAUCUAAGGGCUGUCCUAAGCAAGGCAAGCCUGAAACCAUCAAGAUCAAGCCCCUGGGAUUCACAGAGGAGGUGGAGAUUACCCUCAACUUCAUCUGUGAGUGUGAAUGCAACCAGGACGGCAUCGAGAACAGUGAACUCUGCCACUUCGGUAACGGCACCUACGAGUGUGGAGCCUGCAAGUGUAAUGAAGGACGAGUGGGCAGACAGUGUGAGUGCAGCAGCAACGAUGUGGCCACCGAGGACAUGGACCGGACCUGCAGGAAAGACAACGGCACCGACAUCUGCAGCAACAACGGAGACUGUGUGUGCGGCACGUGUGAGUGCAAGAAGAGAGAUAACCCCGAGGAGAGGUACAGAGGCCAGUACUGCGAGUGUGACAACUUCAACUGUGACCGCUCUGGAAACAAACUGUGUGGAGGGCAUGGAAGCUGUGAGUGCAGAGAGUGUGUCUGUGACCCCAUGUGGAUCGGAAAUGCCUGUGAUUGUUCUCUGGACAACAGCACGUGUAUGGCCAGCAACCAGCAACUCUGUAACGGCAGAGGAACGUGUGAAUGUGGCACCUGCAAGUGUACUGAUCCCAAAUUCCAGGGUCCCACCUGUGAGACUUGUCCUACCUGUCCAGGGGUCUGCACUGAACACAAGGAGUGCAUCCAGUGCCGGGCGUUUGGCACGGGUGAGAAGAAGGAAACAUGUGAGAGAGACUGCAGCUACUUCAACCUGAUCAAAGUGAAGGACCGGGAAAAGCUGCCCCAGCCCAACGACGCCACCUACCCCGUGAUGCACUGCAAGGAGAGAGACGCCAACGACUGCUGGUUCUACUACACCUACGCCGUCAACAACAACACUCAGAAGGAGGUGCAUGUGGUGGACCUACUGGACUGCCCCGCCGGGCCUGACAUUAUCCCCAUCGUGGCGGGCGUGGUCGCCGGCAUUGUCCUGAUUGGCUUGGCCCUGCUGCUCAUCUGGAAGCUGCUCAUGAUCAUCCACGACAGGAGAGAGUUCGCCAAGUUCGAGAAGGAGAAGAUGAACGCCAAAUGGGAUACGGGUGAAAAUCCCAUCUACAAAAGUGCCGUCACGACUGUGGUCAAUCCAAAAUAUGAAGGAAAAUAACUGGUCACGGUUUUCCUUGAACUCUGCUAUCAAGUAUCCGACAACUGCAGUAUUUACCGCAGGUCUGGGGAGUAACCUGUGGUCGAGUUUCUGUCAUUUCCUUUUGUUGCUUCACCAUUAUAAUGUACCCAGCAGCCACUGCAUCUGUAUUUUUACUAACACCUAUGAUUUAUAUGCAUUUGUGAUAUUUUAGAUGUACAGUAUGUGUAUAUACUUUUAAGUUGCAUAUUUGCAAAAAACAAUGACAUGAAGGUGUUCUCUUCCUGCCACAGGACUGGUAUGGCAGAGGAUUACACUUUUUUUUU